GACACCUUAUGGCACAUAUCGUCGCACGCAUUGACUGCUGAAAGUCAUUCAAUACAACACUGUUUUUGUGUCUCAUAUUUGUUUCUCGACAAUCUUCUAGAUAUCAUUCAAUUGAUCCCAUUUUAAUUGCGUGUCGUUUGUAUUGAUUAGGCAUUUGAUUGAAAGAUGGCCGGCGAAGGAGUGGACGAAUCCCAGUUCACGGGACUCUCGAAGCACUUCAACUCGUGGACAAACUAUGGCCGAAGAAACGUCUCAUUGGCCACACUAUCUAUGGUCGGAGUCGGCAUUCUUUAUCUGGUUUUGAAGCCCAAGAAGCAGAAACCCGUCAAAACUUAGGACUCAUUUAUGUUUAAUAACAAAUGUUUAUUAAUUUCACAUUUCGUUGAAUUCAUUGAAUGUUUGCUUUCAAUACUUUCUAUUAAUUCAAUUCUGUAUUUAACGCCUUAUUUGGAGAUUUAGUCUUAAUUAUAGAUUUAAAAUAUGUUUCAAUUGUAAACCAAAUUGUGUUUAAGUUAAUAGAAAAUUAGAGUAAAAAUAAAUGAGAUUUUAAAAUAAAUAAA